UGGAAUCGUAACAUUUUCGAGUUUUUAUUUGGAGUUGAAUAUUAGAAAAAAUUGUGAGGCAAUUGUCAUUGCAUUAAAAUUGACAAUUUCGCAAGCGAUAGAUCCUAAAUCAGUAGCGAAGCGGUAAAAUGGUUUAUAGAUUCAUAGAACGGUAUUCAAUUUUCUUUUAUUUGUUAGGCAGGCUUCAUGAAAAUCAACGCAAGACGAUUGUACUCAUGAAAACCGCCUUACUUUCUCCAUUAUAUCUCCAUAUAGAUAUCUAUAAUCAUAGUUACGGCUACAAUAAUACCUACGAAUAGUUAAAUUAUAGCCGAAUAGAUCGGCUAUAAUAGAAAACGUUUCAUGGAUUUUUUUUAAAGCGAAAGGGCUAGUCCUCAGCUUCACAUUCCAACAAUGAUUUUCAAAUACAACCUUCCCGCCAUUUACUAAUGCGCCUGCCCCCCGGAGUGGGGGGUGCACCCAAAAACGCGCGCCAGACAAAGCAUCACAUUGCAUCACAUUUCGCUCUAAACAAGAUGGCUGACAUGGAGCAACGUAGUAAAGAGAGUUCGGUUGCGGGUCAAAAAGAAACAAUGGUGAAACAGGAAAAAAGGGAUAAUGCGUUCACGAACGGUAGCAAAGGGUCGGGGGACGAUGCUGACAGUGUCGAGGAGAUGCCACUGGACAUUGGGGAGCAUUACCUGGUGCGAAGAUCCGACGACUCCUGGCAUCCAGCCGAAAUAAUCCAGACUCGAUUCAACGAUGGCGAAGGACAUUACGAGUAUUACGUUCACUACGAAGGCUACAACAGAAGACUGGACGAGUGGGUGCCGAGGGACAGAAUCAUGUCAAGUAGGUUCGACAUGUCGGACACCAGUUGGAAGACCAGUGAGAACGCCCCAGCUGGUGAUCUCCUAGCCGAUUCGUCGGACAGAAAAAUCACGAGAAAUCAGAAGAGAAGGCACGACGAGAUCAACCACAUUCAGAAGACUUAUGCAGAGAUGGAUCCAACGACUGCUGCCCUGGAGAAAGAGCACGAAGCCAUAACUAAAGUCAAAUACAUCGACAAAAUUCAAAUUGGGCGGUAUGAAAUCGACACGUGGUACUUCAGCCCUUACCCUGAGGAGUACGGAAAACAACCGAAAUUGUGGAUUUGUGAAUAUUGCCUCAAGUAUAUGAGACUGGAGAAGACUUAUCGAUAUCACAUGAGUGAAUGUACUCACAGACAACCGGUAGGAAAAGAAAUAUACAGAAAAGGUACACUAAGUAUUUGGGAAGUGGAUGGAAGAGAGCACAAGAUUUACUGUCAAAAUUUGUGCCUCCUUGCUAAACUGUUUCUAGACCACAAGACCCUUUACUUCGAUGUGGAGCCAUUUCUAUUUUACAUUCUGUGUGAAGUCGAUAAGCAUGGAGCACAUCUUGUUGGAUACUUCUCAAAAGAAAAGGAGUCUCCAGAUGGCAAUAACGUUGCGUGCAUCCUGACGCUGCCACCCUUCCAACGACAGGGGUAUGGGAAAUUACUCAUUGCUUUUAGUUAUGAAUUGAGUAGGAUCGAACAGGCAGUGGGGAGUCCGGAGAAGCCACUCAGUGAUCUGGGGAAACUCUCGUACAGGAGCUAUUGGAGCUGGAUUCUUCUGGAGAUUUUGAGGGAUUUCAGGGGCACACUCAGCAUCAAAGACUUGAGCCAAAUGACGUCCAUCUCCCAAACCGACAUAAUCUCGACCCUCCAAAGUAUGAACAUGGUGAAAUACUGGAAGGGACAGCACGUGAUCUGCGUCACCCCAAAACUAGUUGAAGAGCACAUAAAAAGCAGUCAGUACAAGAGACCCCGUCUCGCAGUGGACAGCACAGCUCUCCGGUGGGGUGCACCACCCCGUAAGAACGUCAAACCCGGAAAAAAGUGCUGAAAACUCCCGAGGAAAGCCCCAGGAAGUCAAAGUAAACUCCCAAACACGAGCCAGACUAAUUACGAUUAAUCCAGAGCCUCGAUAAUAUUAUCGUUUCCAGCUUGAUGUAAUCGUGCUAGUUCUCCCCUGCGUCGAGAAAGGAAAAACCCAGAUAUUCGUGGUUUAUGACAAAUCGCCAGUGUGAAAAUGAAACCCUAGAGGGACUUAUGGAGUGCAACCAGAGCUGAAUAAAAUCCCAAGUGAAUUAAAGAAUAAUUAAAAUGAGUUUGAUUGGAAGAUUCGUGAAUAUUCGUCAUUCCGGGUACAUCAGACCUGACAAAUAAUAUGUUAUUUGGAAUACUUUGAUCCAGACGAAUGCAGGGAAUGCCUUGAAAUAUUUUCAUUUCAUAACGAGUGGAGAAUUGAUUGAUGAAGGCAAGAAUGGCAGAAUAUCAUAACCAUUUUCAAGACUUAAUAAAUUAAAUAAGUAUCGCAUGAGAGAAAUUGUUGGUAAUUCAGAUGAAAAAAAAUUCUUUGAGUAAAAUAUUAAUUAAGGUGAUUGGCAGAAUGAGAGAAUAUAACAAUAUUCUGAACUUGACAAAUUGAAUGAAAUAAAAUGAAAUACAAUAUCCCAGACACGAA